UUUAGUUGGUAACGUGAACGGCUCACGACUGGACAGGACCACUCGAACCCGCUCGGUUUUGCGAAAGAACUGCUGCACUUGUCACAACUUGAACCACAACCCCCUGAACUCGAACACGAGAGAUUUUUGUCGCAAAUAAUUUCAGUGCAAUUAGUGAGUGUCGGUUCGGUGUGUUGACAGGAGGGGUACAGAGAGAGAGAGAACGGCACGCCGAUGCCCUCCGAGCGGAGCACAGAGUGAGUUUUCGACCCUUGGACGCAGGCCACCCUCUUCGCUCUCACCCUGGCAACCUCGACGGCCGCUACCACGACGCACUUCUCGGCGCAGCACAUGUUAUUACACGAGGAACAGCCGUUGGACUUCUCGGUGCAAGGCGCCAUGAAGAAGAAGGUCAAACCCUACAAGGUCACCAGCUCGCCGGACGGUGUGACCAGCGCCCCGCACCACCUGCACCACCACCACCACAACAACAACAACAACACCACGCCGCCGCACCUUCGCCACCUGCAGCGGCACCUCCAGCACCACCAGUUGUCCGUGUUGGCCGCCGCCGCCGGCACCCCCGGACGCGGUGUCCACUCGUGCAGUUCCUCCAGCUCGGACGAUGACAAUGGCCCGGGCUCGUCGUCAUCCCCCAGAGACCAGAUGAUUGAUAAAUGUUGGCUCGGAGACGCAAACGAUUCUUGGAGACAGGAAGUGGUGGUCAAAGAUGAGGAGGCUAAAACCACUUUGCACGCCAGACUCGGACUUGCAGAGCCGAUCACCCGCUUGGACCGAGACAACAUGUCCUCGUCGCCUCCCAGAGGUCGGAUGAACGGAGGUCACUGCAGUGAAGAUGAUGAGGACGAAGUGCGAAGCCACAGCAGAGGAUCCGCCAGCAGCGACAAAGCGCCCGAAGGUGCCCUUGUCCUAAAUGAGGACUCGAUGGACUCUGAUCGCGGAGGCGCUUUAAAUUUGGUGACGGAUUCGUCGCACCGCAACUCGACCACCAACGGCUCCCCAGUCUCGCCCGCCAGCCACGGAGCCAGUUCGCCACUCAGCCAGACUGCAGCGGCCGAACGCAACCUGCAGAACCAGAGCGAGAGGAACCUUCAAGCUGCUCUGGCGGCCAUCCAAGCUGGGCAGCUUUCUUUAAAUCAGCUUAUGAGUCUUGGCGCCCCCGGCCAGUUGCUCCUCCAAAACCACCUUGCCGCCCUCUCAGCCGGCAUCCAGACAGGAGGCAGUGCGGCGGCGGCCGCAGCGAUGGGACUGCAGGGCCCCGAGCAGCUCCAGGCCCUUCAACAGGCGCUCACCCAGCAGCACCACACCCUCCAGCAACAGCUGCAGCAGUUUGUCCUUUUCCAACCUGGCGCGGCCGCCACAGGGUCUCCGGCCCAAGCUCAGUUCUUCCUGCAAAAUCAGGGCUUGGUACCUCAUCAGGGCUUCUCUAGUCCUCAACCUAUUCACCCACAUCGCAAUCAGAAUCAUGCAAAAGCCAUGCAGGUUCAACAAGCCGUCGCCCAGGCAGCUCAGCAACUGCAGCAGCUUCAGAAGCAGCAGCAGAUGCACCACGCGCACCGCUCCCCCCAGCAACCCCAACAGGGCAGCACCCCCCAGCCAAUCUCUGGGUCCAGGGGCUCGACGGCCCCUCCGCAUCUUCCGCAGGCGGCCACCGCCUCUCCGCAGCAACAGUUGGCCGCAGCAGGUGGCAGCCCUGCCCACACUCAUGUGCCCACCGUGGCCUCUGCCCUGCAGGCGGCCACCAAGGCGGCCGCAACCCUCCAAGCCGGAGGCGGCUCCAUGAUGGACGGAGUGGAAGAAACCACCGACUUGGAGGAACUUGAGCAGUUUGCCAAAACGUUCAAGCAGCGCAGGAUCAAAUUAGGGUUCACCCAGGGUGACGUAGGCUUGGCCAUGGGCAAGUUGUACGGCAACGAUUUCUCCCAGACGACAAUCUCGCGCUUUGAGGCUCUCAACUUAUCGUUCAAGAACAUGUGCAAGCUGAAACCGCUGCUGCAAAAGUGGCUGGAAGACGCGGACAGCUCGCUGGCCAACCCGAACUCUCUAACCAACCCUCUGACCACGCCCGAGGCCAUCGGUAGGCGCCGGAAGAAGCGGACGUCUAUCGAAACCAGCGUCCGGAUAGCGCUGGAAAAGGCGUUCAUGCAAAACCCAAAACCCACCUCGGAGGAAAUCACCAUGCUGGCCGACAGCCUGUGCAUGGAGAAGGAGGUGGUGCGCGUGUGGUUCUGCAACAGACGCCAGAAGGAGAAGAGAAUAAACCCGCCGGCCUCCGGAAUGAUCAGCCCUCCCCUGUGCGGCCCUGGCAACAACGGCGGCCACACGGCCAGCAUGCUGGCGGCCGCGGCCGCCUCCCUGGCCUCCUCCCUGGGCCGGCCUUCCUCGCCGCGCAUGUCCCACCACGGAAUGCACUCGCCGCUGUCUCUGGUGAGCCACUCGGUGUUCGGCAACCCCAACAGUCCCCCCACCCCGCACUCGGCGCCACCCUCGGCCCUUUCGAGUGACUGAGACAGGGCGGUCGCGCCCACGACUUCCUCGUGGUCCUGCGGCUACAUUCCACGCAUCCCCAAAGGCACCCUGCUGUUCAGCCAAGCGCCCAGCAAGUAGAGAUGCAGCAAAAAAGAAAGAAAUACCAAAGCAAUGCUUCUCCGAAUAUUCCGUGAACUCAAAAACUAGACAAUUAACCAGUGCGUCAGUGUACAUACUGAAAAGUGGACUUGUAUGAAAACAUGAUGUUUUGUAUUAAGGGACACUUUUAGAGGCUCAUAAAAAAAACAGUUGAAUGUUUCUCACUAGAGGCACCGAAGGAAAGCCUCCGAACAUGGACACUUUACUUAUUAUGUAUUACAUUUGCAGCUCGAUUAUUCUCCCUAGUACAUCUCCGUAGAGUUUAAUUAUUUUUAUUGAUUAAUUAACACCAAGACUGUUUCAAUAUUACUCCCCGUCCCACAAAAUAUGUAAUAAUUCUGCGUAGAGCAUUGCGUUCUCCAAUCAACCACCCUAAGCGAUAAUCAUAUAGUGUAAUAAUCUUUGCAUUCCUCGGCACAUUCUCCACUCUCUAUCUCGCUCUCGUUUUAAUGUUUUGUUAAGAUGAAUGUUGUUGCAGUUAAAUUAUUAAAGAAUGUGUAGUGCGUGUUUCCAAAAAAAAUAGCGGACCCAAAGAUGAGUCAGAUUUAAAAAGAGUAAACUCUCUCUUUCUCACCAAAUAAUAUCAUGAAGGAUCUCAAGAAGUGAUCAAGAAAGACAAAGUGUUUUUGUUGUCGAGUGCGCUUUUGGACCUCCAACUCCUAUUUGAAAGGCCUUUCUGCGGCCCUGUCACUUUCUAACCAACUGAUUUUUCAAAUACGAGAAGCAAGGUCCGUAAAUAAUUAACAAAAAAUUAAAAUGUAUAUCAUUAAGCAUCAGCAGUUGAGUUCCUAUUCCGAAUAAAAAGUCGCCGUCUCUUUGUGGAGGCGGGAUGAUGUAUACCUUGUAAAAAGAAGAAACUGUAUUAAAAAUAAACGCAUAAUUAUCAAAAUCUACUCGGUGUAUUUGACCCAUAUCAAAAGUUGAACAAAAAGGGUCAGACGGUCAUUCUCAAUGUCCAUUGGUGACAUUCCGAUGUUUUCACAUUUUGUGAUUAUCCGACUACUUGUUUGUCUGAUUUUGAAUAGAUCUUGUCACUGUAUUUUUAAUAAAAAUCUGGGAAAGAUGAAAUAAUAAUGCUUCCUUGUACAAUAAAAUUGAAGAGUAAAAACACGAUGUACGCGUUUCCAAAAUGGAAGAGCUGCAAUUACAAAAAUCAUAUCUGGGCACUCUGUAUAAUUAUAACGAGCAUACACAUUUGCUAUGGGUAAAAACUAAAGUGAAUAGAAGUUGUAUGUUAUAGUGAGGAAAAGAUAAAUGUUUUUAAUUAUAUAUUAUCUACCUCAAUUUUCAUGUAAAUAGUGAAACACACACACACACACUUUUCCAACAUAUAGAGUCCGAUCGAUCCAAAUGAAUGUUUUAUAAAAAUCGGUGUUGAUGAUAUUUAUUUCCAAGUGACGCAGUCAGAAAAGAUAAUCUCUCUGAUGCUCCAUUCAUUCCAAUGCAAACCGUUGUUGAGGGGAAACAGGGACGCGGUGUGCGUUCCGUGGCGUAAGCGCUGAAAGCUGCUGCCCUGUGCGUACCGACCACAACAGUACUAAUUUUUGUAUUUUUGUUUAAAACUGAUUUUAUUGUUAAAUAGUAAAAUAUAAAUGAAA